GUAGAAAAGUGUGCUUGAGCACUGGUUUCUGAUCAAACUUGCAUUUACUCAAAUUGAAAAGUCCUGUAUAUGAGUCAUCCCUCCAUGAUUGACGCACUUCACUGAUUUGGGUUUUGUUUCCAUCUUCAAUUAUUGUUUUAUUUGUUCCUCCAAUUUUGUCAAGCAAAAGGACUGCAUUUUUUUCCACACAGCCAUUCUAUAAAUCUGAAUGGAUUGCCUUCUUUCUUUCAAACUCACUCUCCAUGCUUCCCUCCCACCCCUGAAGGAGGGAGAAAAAAUGGGUCUUAAUGUUGUUGCUGUGUUCUUCUGUCUCUGCCUCUCAGUUUCUCUUCAACCCACCUUCACCUAUGCCCAAAUAUUAUUUCAGGGGUUUAAUUGGUCAUCAUGGACGACGGCAGGAGGAUGGUACAACUCACUGAAGAAGAACAUUCCUGAUAUGGUAAACGCUGGGAUCACACAUGUUUGGCUUCCUCCACCCUCUCAAUCAGCUGCAGACCAAGGGUAUAUACCAGGAAGAUUGUAUGAUCUGAAUGCAUCAAAAUAUGGAAAUCAGGAUGAAUUGAAGACACUGAUAAAGGCUUUUCAUGACAACGGAAUCCAGUGCAUUGCAGACAUAGUCAUAAACCAUAGAUAUGCAGAGACGAAAGAUGGGAGAGGGAUUUUGUGCAUCUUCGAGGGAGGAACCCCAGAUGAUCGCCUUGACUGGGGGCCAUCCUGCAUCUGUAGUGAUGACAAAAAAUAUUCUGAUGGCACAGGGCAUCCUGACACUGGGAAAUCCUUUGGAAUAGCUCCAGAAAUUGACCACCUCAACUCAAGAGUCCAAAGAGAGCUAUCAGAUUGGAUGAAUUGGCUGAAGACUGAAAUUGGUUUUGUUGGAUGGAGAUUGGAUUUUGCAAUUGGAUACUCUCCAGCUAUAGCCAAGUUCUAUAUGCAACAAACAAAUCCAAGUUUUGCAGUUGGAGAGGUUUGGUACAAUCUUACUUACGGUCAGGAUGGAUAUCCAUUGUAUGACCAGGAUUCACACCGUCAUACAAUAAUGGACUGGGUACAAGGUGCAGGAGGGGCUGUCACUGCCUUUGAUUUCACAACCAAAUUUAUCCUGAAUUAUGCGGUGCAGGGACAGCUGUGGCGGAUGAAAGAUUCAAAGGGAGGGCCACCAGGACUGAUUGGGCUCUCGCCAGGAAAUUCUGUAACUUUCAUUGACAAUCAUGACACAGGGUCACAGAGGAUGUCGCCUUUUCCAUAUAACAUGACUUUGCAGGGAUAUGUUUACAUUCUCACUCACCCAGGGAUACCUUCCAUAUUCUAUGAUCACUUAUUCGAAUAUGGAAUCAUGGGUGAGAUUAACAAAUUGACUGCAAUAAGGUCAAGGAAUGGAAUCAAACCAAGUAGCACCGUGCGUAUUAUUACUGCUGAAUCUGAUCUGUAUGUAGCUGCAAUUGACGAAAAAGUUAUUGCCAAGAUUGGUUCAAGAUAUAAUGUCGGGAAUGUUAUUCCCCCAACGUUCCAGGUUGUUGCCAAUGGCGACGGCUACUGUGUAUGGGAGAAAAAAUAGUGAUGAGUUCCUCGUUUGUCAUUGAGAUAAUAAUGAUAGGUGUAGGAAAAAGAUAUUAGGAAAAGGUGUACCUACCAAAGGUUAAGAACAAGAUUCAUUUUACAUUAUGUUAUGGUCAAAAUACUGAAAUAUGGUUGCUUAAAAUCUGUGAUGCUGAGUGCAAAUACAGAUUAUACAUGUAUUAUUAAUGAA